AUGUUUCACUCGCAGUUGAAACCUGAUAGUACGUUAACGUCGUCCUCUCGCUACUCUUCCGGUUCCCGACUUGGACGACCUCCUGUGACCUCAUCGCCGGCGACGACCAAGCUGGCGACUCCGGCGACGGCCGACGACGCGGUGUGCGACUGUCCGCUGCGUCGCCACAACGUGCGGGUGAUUGGGACGGGCAAAACGACGCUACUACUGUCGCACGGAUUCGGCAGCAACCAAAAGGUACCCCCUGCUUCCGCUUUCCCGCAUGCUUCCACUCAGCCAGACCCUUACCUUUACAACUACUUCCCUCGUACCCCUUACAAGCCGCCUCAAAACACCACAUUGGCGUCCCAUUUUCCGCGCACCACCCCGCGUAUCACCGCGCAGAUCUGGGACGGCGUGCUGUCGCACCUGGACCUGCGGCGCACGUUCCGUGUGGUGCUGUGGGACCUGAUGGGCGCCUUCAGCACGCCCUCCGCGUCGUACGACUUCCAGCGCUACGCAUCUCUCUGCUCGCACGCUGAUGACCUGCUCGACGUGCUCCACGCGCUGGGGGUGGCGGGGGGCCAGGCGGGGAAGGGUGAGGAGGCGGGGGGCCAGGCGGGGAAAGGCGAGGAGGCGGGGGGCCAGGCGGCGGGGGAGGCGGAGGGGGAGGCGGAGGGGGAAGCGGAGGGGGAGGCGGAGGGGAAGGCGGAGGGGAAGGCGGAUGGGAAGGCGAAGGUUAAGGCGGAUGGGAAGGCGGAGCGGGAAGCGGAGGGGGAAGCGGAGGGGGAAGCGGAGGGGGAAGUGGAGGGGAAGGCGGAGGGCGUGGUGUGUGUGGGGCACAGCGUGAGCGGCAUGGUGGCGCUGCUUGCAAGUCUCGAGCAGCCCAGCGCCUUCAAGCGCCUGCUGCUGCUUGGCGCCUCGCCUAGGUACCUCAACGAGCCGUCCAUGGGGUACGUGGGCGGGUUCGACCCGGCAGACCUGCAGCAGCUGUUUUUUUUUACACGACUCACUCAAAUGCCCAACUUCCUUUCCCUAUCUCCUCCUCCCCUUCUCCCCACCACCAGGUACCUGAACGAGCCGUCCACGGGGUACGUGGGAGGCUUCGACCCGGCAGACCUGGAGCAGCUGUUCCGGGCGGUGCGCGAGAACUACAUCGCGUGGGCGUCGGGGUUUGCACCGCUCAUGGUGGGGCGGGACAUCAGCAGCGCCGAGGUGCGCCAGCUCACUGAGAGCGUGCUGCUGGUGCGCCCUGACAUCGCCCUCAGCGCCCUCCGGACGACCUUCCAGUCGGAUUACCGACACGUGCUGGCACAGGUGGUUGAGACGUCUCAAGCUGGGUUGGGAGUGCUAUCCACAAAGAGUGAUGCUGCCGUGCCAAUGCAAGUGAGCGAGUACCUGAGGGAGGCGAUACCUGGGGCGUGCAUGGAGGUGCUACCCACACACGGCCACCUCCCCCACCUCACCCACCCUGCUGUUGUUGCUCGCGCCAUCCAACGCCAUGCUGCUGCCCACGACGCUCUGGACCACGCUCCAUGCAACUGGGGGCCCAGAAGCGGGGUGCUGUGGGGCAGCAGGUGGCUGUCGGUGCUGCUGGCGGGGGUGUGCAGGGAGGAGCGUGUGGAGGAGGCGGCACGCUUGAGCAGCAGCGAGCGCAGGAAGGCGGGGAACUGUGGGUUGGCGGCGUCGUGGUGGAUGAAGGGGAACCACUCUGUGCUGUCCGCUAUGCUCACAGGCGACCUGCAUGGGAGGGAUACGGGGAGUGGUGGGGAUGAGCAGUGGGAGGAUGUGGGGAGGGGGCAUUGUGGGGGUGUGGUGGAUGAAGGGGAACCACUCCGUGCUGUCCGCUAUGUUCACGGGCGACGUGCAUGGGAGGGAUACGGGAAUGUGCAGUGGGAGGAUGUGAGGCGUGAGCAUGUGGGGGUGCGGGUGUGUGAGGAGCAACGGGUGGUGGGAGAAGGAGAGUCGCCGCACGAACAUACAUAG